AUGUCCGGCGAUAUGGUCGGCUACAUGAAGGAGGUCGCCAAGCUUGGCGGUGAGCUCACUGUUGACGAGCGCAACCUUCUCAGCGUCGCCUACAAGAACGUCGUCGGUACCCGCCGUGCCUCGUGGCGCAUCAUCUCCUCCAUCGAGCAGAAGGAGGAGUCCAAGGGCUCUGACAAGCACGUCGGCACCAUCCGCGAGUACCGCAACAAGAUCGAGACCGAGCUCGAGCAGGUCUGCCAGGAUGUCCUCGACGUCCUCGACGAGAGCCUCAUCCCCAACGCCCAGACUGGCGAGUCCAAGGUCUUCUACCACAAGAUGAAGGGUGACUACCACCGCUACCUCGCCGAGUUCGCCUCUGGCGACAAGCGUAAGGGUGCCGCCACUGCCGCCCACGAGGCCUACAAGUCCGCCACCGACGUCGCCCAGACUGAGCUGACCCCUACCCACCCCAUCCGUCUCGGCCUUGCCCUGAACUUCUCCGUCUUCUACUACGAGAUCCUCAACUCGCCCGACCGUGCUUGCCACCUCGCCAAGCAGGCCUUUGACGACGCCAUUGCUGAGCUCGACUCGCUGUCCGAGGAGUCGUACCGUGACAGCACCCUCAUCAUGCAGCUUCUCCGCGACAACCUCACCCUCUGGACAUCCUCCGACUCUGGUGAGGCCGAGGGCGCCCCCACCGGCCAGGCCGACGCUGUCGAGGAGAAGAAGGAGGAGCCCAAGGCCGAUGCCGCCGCCCCCGCUCCCGCUGCCGAGGAGCCCAAGGCUGAGGAGCCUGCUCCCGCUGCCCCCUAA